AUGUGGUUACGAAACACAGGCUUAACGAUUCUACUUGGAAUUCUACAAUUUGUAGAUCUUGGUGAAGCGCGGUACAGCUACCGGAGCUACCGGAGUUACAGAAGUUACCGGAGUUAUACAAGAUACUACAACUAUUAUUACCAAACAUAUUACUACUCGUCUGAUGGCUCGGGGUCAGGCUCCAGCAUGACUGCCGCCAUUGUGGGUGGAGUAAUAGGAGGUCUUAUUUUGAUUGCAUUAAUCGUCUUCGUCGUCUACCUUCGAUGUAGAUAUGUGUCCUCUAAUCGUCGAACCUCACCUGCGGUCAUUGCCACUGAGCAGCCAGUGGUAAUUAAGAAACGAGAGCCAAAAACCAAACCAGAUAAAGUCAUAGUUCCACGACAGAAAAAAAAUCCACUUCCUCCUUCCCCACCGCAAGGACCAUCAAGUGGGUUACCGCCAAGCGCCCCUCCUGCCUACGAUUCUGUUUAUCCUCCACCAGCAGGUGGAAGCAGUUCUUACCCUCCUCCACAACAACACGGAGAAAUGCAGUCUACUCCUCAGCCAGUGCCAGACGCGUUUGUAUAUAAACCACCGUAUUAG